UGGCAGCGGCAUCAUGGCUUCUUGGAACCGAUACGGGAGACGUUGGAGACUGAUCGAAAUGUUCUUAUUCCUGUCAUUGGUUGCAGUGUCAUCCGCUCUGCAGGCAGCGAAGGUGUCUCCGCUCAUCGAGAAAGUCAGUGACCAUAAGGAUUUCAAGAAACUUCUGAGAACCAGAACUAAUGUUCUUGUCUUGUAUACCAAGUCAGCUUCGUCUGGAGAUGCUCAUUUAAAGCUGCUGUCUGAUGUGGCUCAGGCCGUGAAAGGUCAGGGUACCAUCGCCUGGGUGAAUUGUGGGUGUGAUGCAAUAAAUGCGUCCAUGGUGGCAUUCCUGAAAGACCCUGCAGGUGCCCCCCUGUGGGAGGAGAACCCUGAGGCUAAAGUUGUUGUUCACAUCGAGUCAGAGAAGGACUUCCGGAAGCUGCUGAAAAGAGAGGAGCGGCCCAUCCUCAUGAUGUUUUACGCCCCAUGGUGCGGCGUAUGUAAAAGGAUGCAGCCCAUUUUCCAGCAAGCAGCCACUGAGACAAAAGGGAAAUAUGUGUUGGCUGGGAUGAACGUGCACCCGGCGGAGUUUGACGGGCUCAAACAGGAGUUCAGCGUCAAGGGCUACCCAACCUUCUGCUACUUUGAGAAGGGGAAAUUUUUGCAUCACUAUGAGAAUUAUGGAGCCACCUCUAAAGACAUUGCUGAUUGGUUGAAAAACCCCCAGCCCCCUCAACCUAAAACUCCAGAGGUGCCCUGGUCAGAAUCCGGCUCGGCGGUCUUCCAUCUGACCGAUGAGUCUUUUGACACAUUCCUGGAGGAGCAUCCUUCAGUCCUGAUCAUGUUCUAUGCUCCCUGGUGUGGCCACUGUAAGAAUAUGAAGCCAGAAUUUGAUGAAGCUGCUGAGAUCCUCAACAAAGACCCAGAUAGCCCAGGUGUGUUGGCAGCAGUGGAUGCCACCAUUCACAAGUCCAUCGGUGAGCGGUUUAAAAUCUCAGGCUUCCCAACAGUGAAGUACUUUGAAAAGGGGGAAGAGAAGUACACACUUCCUCAACUCCGGAGCAAAGACAAAAUCAUCGAGUGGCUGCAGAAUCCCCAGGCCCCACCUCCUCCAGAGAAGUCGUGGGAUGAGAUGCCAUCCAGCGUGAGCCACCUGGGAGCCGAAGAUUUCAGGGAAUUUCUGAAAAAGAAGAAACACGCCUUGGUCAUGUUCUAUGCUCCAUGGUGUCCGCACUGCAAGAACGCCGUCCCUCAUUUCACCACAGCAGCUGAGCUGUUCAAAGAGGACCGCAAGAUUGCAUAUGCUGCAGUGGACUGCACAAAGGGACAAAACCAUGAGUUGUGUAAACAGGAGGGAGUUGAGGGCUACCCAACAUUCAACUAUUACAACUAUGGGAAGUUCAGCGAGAAAUACAACGGGGAAAGAGGGGAAGCUGGCUUCACUGGUUUCAUGAGAAAUCUCAGGGGCCGAGACCAAGAGAAAGUGGGCAAGCGGAAAGAGGAGCUCUAAUAGUGUGGGUGUGGUUCCUAUAAAUGGGAGGAGUCUAUCAUUGCACUGUGACUUGGGCAGGGACAUCCCAGCACUGAUGCCACAGACUUGAAACCUCAGCUAAAAAGGCUAUUUUUUUAUACAGCUGUGCCCUUAUGUUUGUAAUACCAAUGUACAACCAUCAGACCACUUCAGACUUUUUUGUUUUGUUUGUCAUUUUGUGACAUUUUUUUCCAAAUACUGUGACUUCAUUUACUGAAAUCAACACCUGAAAUCUAUGCAACACUGGGCCUUCACUCUCAAGGGUCCCAUACGUUUGAUGGGUGGCUGGUGUUUAAUAGGGAAAACCAAUUAUCACCAGGAUACAUUGCCGUGACUCCCAUUCCAGUGAGGAGUAAUAAUGUGUACAAUCGUAUCUGCAAAUAUUUUUGUAAAAAAAAAAAGGAAAAAAAUGCUGUAUGACAUAAUGGAUUUGGGAGUAAAAAAAGAUGGAGAAAGUUGUUGUAGCUGAA